CCCAGGUGUGUUGACGGCGUUGUUAUGAUAUUCUCCUGUUUUAUCUGAUUCUGCCACACCUGUCGUCGAUCGAAAGACCUGAGUUUAAUUGGAGCUCAAUUUGAUUAGCAACCUACAGCUCUGGUAAGUUCUGCAACAGAAGAUGAUUACACAAUAAAAGGAACGAAUUCGUGGAGACGUUAAUGCUAGACCGUAGACGGACCAAGUACUGGAGUAGUGGCUACGUGCCGUAACUUGGCGCGUCGUUGCUGCCUUUACAAACGCCGUUCAGGGCAAGUAGGAAAAUAAUGCGAGGACGUCAGGACCGAUGAGCGCGCACUACGCACGGCUGCUUGCUCACUAUCCAUAUGCUGUGGUGGGGAUGGUUGCUCUGGUCUCAGUCACGUGCCUGAUCAUCACCUUCACAGCACAGAAACUACCUGAGUUUAAAAAUCCUUCUGACGUGGGUGCAUAUAAUUGUAUCAGUUUGUAUAAAGGAUUUGAAGCCAGGGGCACUGAGAUCAGUAACCGCCUAGUGACCUGGCAGAACAUGAAAGACGCCACUACUCGCAAUCCAAGUAUAGGGCUACUUUCCGCAAUGCCGCUUGAAAGGAGUGCUGGCGCAUGGACCGUCUACAAUAACUCUGCUAUUCACCGCAAAACUCGCAGUCUAGACGAGCAAGGCUUCUUCUGUGAAGGCUCUCCAGGUGCGCAGUAUUCCCGGCUGGUCCUGCAAGGUGCAGACGCCAGUGAAGACCUGUUCAGCCUGCAGCCGCUGCUCUCCAUGUGCCACCUCGACCUGCGUCUGCGCUCCAUAUCGGAAGAAUUCUCGAACAUCUGCGUGCUCUCGCGCAACGACACGUGCUGCCGCAGCUGGACGCUGGCCAACUACGUCGCUGCGCACGGCCGCCGCGCCUCGUGUCUCGACAUCACCGAGGCGGACGUCUCGCAGCUGCGAGACCUCGCGCUCGACUGCGCCGACUACUACUACAACGGCACGCUGGCGGCCGACUGCUACCGCACGCGCUGCGCCGGCGUUCCCGCGGUGUGUGGCGCCGCCUACGAGGUGCUGCACUACGUCGUCGACGUCGCCUUUGUCGAAUCAGCGGCCGCGGCAGACUCUUCCUCGCCGGCGGCGGCGACGUACGCCAUGAUGUUUCUGCCCGUUGCCACGGGGAUCGGGGUGCGGCGCUACUACGGGGCGCUGGCGGCAGACGCGCUGCGCGGCAAGGGGGUCGCCGUGGUCGCGCUCGAGUUCGGCCUCAAAUACGAGCUCUUCCAGGAGUACCUGAAGUCGGACACAGUGUUCGUGGCGGCGGCGUCCGGCAGCGUGUUCGUCUUCGUGUGGCUGUACACGCGCUCGCUGUUCAUCACGACGAUGAUGGCCGUCGCGAUGGCCUUCUCGCUCGUCAUCGCCUACUUCUUCUACAGCAUGAUCUUCGAGCUGGCCUUCUUCCCGUUCGUCAACCUGCUCGCCGUAGUGCUCGUCGUCGCGCUCGGCGCCGACGACGUGUUCAUCUACGCGAAGAUCUGGUCGCUCGCAAAGUCGGAGAAGAACAACGGGGUGUUCGAGAAGAUCAUCGUCGACACGCUCGCGCACGCGACACGCUCGAUGUUCGUCAGCUCGCUGACGACGGCGGCGGCGCUCUACGCGAGCUACGUGUCGGCGAUCUCGGCGCUGCGCUGCUUCAGCGUGUUCGCCGGCACCGCGGUGCUCGUCAACUUCUUCUUCAUGGUCACCUGGCUGCCGGCGUGCUUCAUCAUCCACGACAAGUGGGUGUCGUCGCGUAUCUUCUUCGAGAAGCUGUUGCCGUUCGUCGUCGUCAAGGGCCGGCUCGUCUGGCUGCUGCUGUUCGGCGCCGCUGCGGCCGGAAGCUGCGUCGUGAUUUUCUACAAGCCGCGGCUGAGCCUGCCCAACGUCGACUACUUCCAGUUCUUCGACUCGCUUAAUCCGUUCGAAGUGUACGACUUCAAAUUCAGGGACGUCUUCGGCUUCGAGAAAUGCCGGCAAGAGGGCGGCGGCUGGCAGCUGCCGAUCAAGGUCGUCUGGGGCGUGCAGCCGGCAGACAAUGGCGACCACUUGGACCCGUACAGUACGGGUACGCUGCAGUUUGACAGCAGUUUCGAUCUCAUGCACCAUGACUCGCAGGUCUGGUUGCUGGAGUUCUGCACGCAGUUGCGGAACCAGACGUUCUACAAGCCCAGCUUCGGCCCGCAGCUCACCGACUGCUUCAUGCAGAAGUUUGCCAACUGGAUGAAGAAGCCCUGCAUCGCCUUAGACGAGAGCGACAGCGCGCCCUGCUGCCGCGCGUCGGCAUUUCCGUUUAGCCGAAGCGUGUUCACGACGUGCCUUGAGAGAUACAUGACGAGCUUACAGAACACGCCGACGUACGACUACCACCGCGGCGUCGGCGGCCUGCGCUUCGACGUCGAGUCCGGCGACGUGCGCGCCGUCAUACUGGAGUUUGACAGCGCCUACGCGUUCACGUUCAAGUACGAGCCGAUGCACGAGUUCUUCGAGCGCGUCGAGUCGUGGGUCGCCGAGCGGAUGGCGUCGGCGCCGCCGUCGCUGCGUAACGGCUGGUUCGUCAGCGAGCUCGCGUUCUACGACCUGCAGCGGACGCUGAGCAGCGGCACGCUGACGGCGAUCGCCGUCUCGAUCGCCGUCGCCUGCCUCGUGCUGUUCGUCACCACGCUGAACGUGCUCGUGACGCUGUGCGCGAUCGCGGCGAUCGCGGGCGUCAUCUUCGCCACGAUCGCCGCGCUCACGCUGCUCGGCUGGCAGCUGAACGUGCUCGAGUCGUCGACGCUGACCGUCGCCGUCGGCCUCGCCGCCGACUUCACGCUGCACUACGUCGUCGCGUACCGCCGCUGCGGCGUCGUCGGCGGCGGCGGCGGCAGCGGAAACGCGCGCGAGGCCGGCGUUGUGUUCGCGCUCGCGCACGUCGGCAGUCCCGUCGCGCUCGCCGCGUUCUCGACGCUCGUCGCCGGCGCACUGCUGCUGCCGUCGCGCGUGCUCGCCUACCAGCAGCUCGGCGUCUUUCUCAUCGUCAUCGCCGCCGUCAGCUGGACGUUUGCGACGCUGCUGCUGCUGAGCCAGCACCUGCGCCACAAGCUGCGGCCGCCGGGACACGUCGCGGUCGUGCAGCCGCAGCGCAAGGCGGCGGCGUCGUGUGCUCCGACGCUGCUGCUUCCCGAAGAGGGCGUGACGGAAGAGGCUGAGGAACCGAUCGAUGGCAAGCAGCUGUACGAUGACGAGGGCAGUGGUGUUUGGGUGCUAAAUAAAAGCCUUGUAUGA